AUGGCUGAAAGCAUUACCGCAUUUGUGGACAGUCUAAACCUCACUUCUUCGGUGGCCCAGGAGCUACAGAUAUGGCUAGGAGGGGAAACCGCUGUGACUACAGUUCUCUUUAGUCCCAAAACCGCCCGGUCGGCAGUGAUUGAAAUCGCCUUUCUCGUCUUAUCGGGGUUCUUUGGGAUCCUGCUGGUUGGCGAUCCGGCUGAAAUACCUGCGUUGGAUGCACAUUGGUCUGCAGCGGCUUCUAAGUUGCCAUCUUUUAUUGCUCUCCCGAAAUGUGCAAAUGAGGUUUCUAUUAUUCUCAGGGUUAUAAAGGUCCUUGGAAUUACAUUUUCUGUUCGCAGCGGCGGUCACUCUCCCAAUCCAGGCUGGUCAAGUACAGCCAAACCGGGUAUCGUAAUUGAUCUGCAUAGCUUUAAUCAGAUUACUGUCAAUCAGGACAAGAGCUUUGUAUCCGUCGGACCUGGCGCAACAUGGGGUGAUGUAUAUACAGCCUUAGACCCUCACGGUGUCAGCGUCAUUGGUGGUCGGAUUCCGUCCGUCGGAGUCGGAGGCCUGAUGCUCGGAGGUGGGUUCCAUCACUUCUCCGGUCAAUUUGGACUUGCUGCGGACAAUGUGAAAAACUUCGAGAUCGUCCUCGCAGGCGGCACCGUGACCAUCGCCAAUGUUCAGGAGAAAUCCGAUCUUUUCUGGGCCCUGAAAGGAGGAGGCGCUAAUUUUGGUAUCGUUACCAAAUUUGACCUUUACACCAUUCCAGUAAACAACAUUUGGUACCAGAUUGGCGUCUACUCCACUGACCAAGUCCCUGCCAUUUUCGAUGCCCUGGCCGACUGGCAAAAGGAGUCCUCUGACGUUAAAGCUAUCGUCGCUGUGAUCGUUACCUUGGAUAUUGUCACGCUGGGCUUCAUCUACUCCGAGCCUAGUGCUGAAGUCCCGACCUCCUUUGCUCCAUUCAAUGACAUCCCUGCCAUUGCCUAUGCGGUGCCACCUACUAAUGGCACCGUUCUUCAAUUGACGCAGAUUCUAGGCGCUUCUAGCGCCAGGACUCCUGCCAGCUCGAAGGUCGACGCGCCGCUUUACAAAGACGCAUAUGCUUUCUGGAAAGAGGAAGCCACUGCUGUGCAUGAGUCUACUGGUGCGAACCAGACCUUCGUGAUACAGCCUAUUUCCGCUGCCAUGGUUGAGUACGGAAAUACUAAGGGCGGGAAUCCUCUGGGCCUGGCACAGGAAAGCAGACAAUGGUGGACAACCCUCGUCGACUGGGAGAAUGCUUCCGAUGACGACGUCGUUCGAUCGGCUUCCAUCGCGACCACGGACAAGUGGAAGGAAUUGGCCACAGCGCGAGGCCUACACGACCCGUUCAUUUAUAUGAAUGAUGCAUCCAGGGACCAGUAUCCCCUAUCGUCAUAUGGCGCACAGAACCUGGCGAAGUUGAAGGCCAUCGCAGCCAAGUAUGAUCCCUCGGAGGUGUUUCAGGAGUUGCAGAACGAUGGGUUUUUGCUUUCCAAGGUUUAA